AGUUGAGAUUGAAAAAAUCAACUAGAUUACUGAAAGACGUACAUUCGCCACUGACUGUUACAGACGUCUUGACAAUUGAUAAAAUUAUAAAUUAUUUAAAGUAAUAUAAUAAAUAAAAUUGUGUAUUUUUAACACUUAAAAUUAUUAAUAAUGCCGCGGGGUCGGCUUAAAAAAAUAUCAAAUAUUUGGUACUACAGAAAGAGGCAGAAUUUUUAUAAAAAAAAUUAACAUUAUACAAAAAAAAAAAGUGGAAUCAUUUUGACAACGGCAUAACGCCUCUCCGGCGCUGAGGAGUAUUUAGUUUAAAUCAUCAUUAGAGCAUGAUGGCUGGUGGAACAUUUAGUGGCUGGCUUCAGCGCUGUCGAGAGUCAAGACAGCUUGUCCUAGUAAUUGUUGCAAUAGCCCUUCUUCUUGACAAUAUGCUAUUAACCACUGUAGUGCCAAUAAUACCAGAAUUUCUAUAUGACAUAAAACACCCAAAUAAUACACUUAGUGAACAUCUAGAUGGACCACAUCAUGCAUCAACAACACCAAUAUCUACAACACUUAUACCAGCAUCAUUAGACAAUAGUAAAUGCAUGUGUAAAUGUCCCCAAGGUAAUUUUACAAAUGGACAAUUAGAAUUUCUAAUGGGAACAACAAGUACAUCAAAUCAAAUAGUUACAACAGUUAAUACAAAAAAUUUAACAAGCCCAGAAGAACUUGAAAAAGCUCAACGACAUCGUGAAUUAAUUGAAGAAACUGUACCAGUUGGUAUGAUGUUUGCAUCAAAAGCAGUUGUUCAACUUUUAGCUAAUCCAAUUGUUGGACCUCUUACACACAAAAUUGGAUAUAGUAUUCCCAUGUUUACUGGAUUUAUUAUAAUGUUUCUAUCAACUUUAAUAUUUGCAUUUGGACGUAGUUAUAGUGUGUUAUUUAUAGCAAGAGCACUUCAAGGUAUUGGUUCAUCAUGUUCAAGUGUUUCUGGUAUGGGUAUGUUAGCUGAAAGAUAUCAAGAUGAUAAAGAACGUGGUAAUGCAAUGGGUAUUGCACUUGGUGGUUUAGCACUUGGUGUAUUAAUUGGUCCACCAUUUGGUGGUCUUAUGUAUGAAUUUGUUGGUAAAUCAGCACCAUUUUUAAUAUUAUCUGCAUUAGCACUUGGUGAUGGUUUAUUACAACUUAUGAUGCUUCAACCAUCAGUUGUCUAUACAGAAUCAGAACCACCUUCAUUAAAAGCACUUGUUACAGAUCCUUAUAUUAUUCUUGCAGCAGGAGCAAUAACAUUUGCUAAUAUGGGAAUUGCAAUGUUAGAACCAAGUUUACCAAUUUGGAUGAUGGACACAAUGGGUGCUAGUAGAUGGAAACAAGGAGCAACAUUUUUACCAGCUAGUAUCAGUUAUUUAAUUGGUACAAAUUUAUUUGGACCAUUGGGACAUCGUAUGGGCAGAUGGUUAGCUGCAUUAAUUGGACUGAUUGUCAUUGGUUUCUGUCUCAUGUUGAUACCACUUGCAACAAGUAUCAAUCAUCUUAUAAUACCAAAUGCUGGAUUGGGUUUUGCAAUUGGUAUGGUUGAUAGUUCAAUGAUGCCAGAACUUGGUUAUCUUGUUGAUAUACGACAUACUGCUGUUUAUGGUAGUGUUUAUGCUAUUGGUGAUGUUGCAUUUUGUAUGGGUUUUGCUAUUGGUCCAGCAUUGAGUGGAACACUUGUUAACACUAUUGGCUUUGAAUGGAUGCUUUUUGGUAUUGCAAUACUUUGUUUUAUUUAUGCACCAUUUAUGUAUUUACUCAGAGCACCACCAACCAAAGAAGAAAAAAAGACUCUGAUUAUUGGUGAAAAAUCAUCAGUUAGAUAUGUAACUUAUUCAAAUGAUGAUGAUGAAUAGUAAGGUUGUAUUCAAUUUAUUGCUUAUAUUUGUUUUUAAUAUUUAAUGUAGAAAUUAUAAUGUAAGUGUGUUUUUAGUGUAAUAGUAAAUAAUUUAUAUAAUCAAUUAUUUGCUUGAUAAAAUUAUUAAGUUAAUAGAAAAAUUAAAACACAACAAAAUGACAAAGAAAAUAUAUACAGCGAGUUUUGUGAUAGAAAUCUUAUCUACUUAUUGUGUCAGUUAAAAGUUAUUUAAAAAAAAUAUAUAAAAUUUAUUUUAUGUUUUUUUGAAAAUAAAAAAAAAAAAUAUUGCAUGACAAACGUUGUGAGCUACAUGUACCGUAAGUAUUCUGAGUAAAAAUCUAAUGAUUGUUUAAAAAACAAUUAAAAUAUAUAAAUUACAAAAAAAAAAAAUAAAAAAGCUUUUAACGAUCAAAAUUUGAAUUAAAAAAAUGUUUGAGCUUUUUAAAAUUACGCAUAUUUUAAACUUCAAUUAGUUGAUUGAUAAAAAAAAAAUUUACUCUUACAAUUUUGACGGUUAAAAGUGGCUAUUUGAAUUUUUUUUUAAAUUCAUAAAUUUGUUGAGAAAUGAAAAUUAUAAAUUAAUAAAAUAAUUAAGUAUUUAAUGAGCUUUUUGUGGGGGGAUACGAGAAUGUUCUUGAGAACUCGAGACAACGCGAGCUCGAUGAAAAAUAUAUAAUCUGUUAUAAUCACAAUGAACAAAAAAUAAUAAAUAAAUAUAUAUAACAUAGCUCAAUCGUCAACUAAAGCUGUAAAAAAUAAAAUUAUAAAAAAAAAAAUCAUGUCGUUGGUAUGAAUGGGAAUAAAAUUGUUUAGAUUUUGAGUAUAAAGUUGGAAAUUGUUUGACAUUGUCAUCGAAAUGAAUCGUAAUUUUUUAAAAUCGAAAUUAAAAUUGAAUGAAAAGGAGUAACCACCUGGCUUAGAUUUCCUGAAUGGCUGCAGGAAAACUGGGCUUUUAAAAAGCAACCAGGUUACAUGAAGAGUUCUCCACGUAGAUUAUUUAUAAUUUGAAAAAUUUUAAAUCACAAAAAAGUAAAAAAGAGUCGAGGCAAUGUCACCUCGAAAAUUACGAUUUAUUUCGUUGACAAAAAAAUUUAUAAAAACGAUAUUUUCAAUCGUUUACGUUUGGUGAACGUGAAACCUGAAAAAGCGCGGUAUUUUUGUUGAGAUGUUUGUCAUAGUGCCGAGAAAUGAACCGAGUUGGUGGAAAAAAAAAAAUAUAAAAAAAAUAUAAAGAUGAAUUUGCAGUGAAAAAAUCGAAAUUAUUUAUUAAAAAAAUAAACCCUGAUUAGAAAAAAAAUUCGUAGAAGCAAUAUUAUUAAAAUUUCGUAAAUUUCCAAUUGAUGGAACGUAAUUAUAAAUGUAUUGAAAUAUAUAAUAAUCGUAUUGAAAAUAAUAUUCAGUAGAAAAAAAAAAAACUAUAUAAUGUUUUAAAAAAAAAAUUUAAUCGUUACUGUCGUGUAUUUAUUAACAAACUCUUAAGGAGUACUAAAAAAUUAUUUAAAAAAAAUUAAAUAUAUAUUUAAAAAAUCAACCACCACCUUAGGAUCCUAAGCAACUCGAUGCCAUCAUAUUUUAUUGAAUCAAUCGGCAGAUAAAGGUUUCGAAAAUUCACAAUGUUAAAAAAUUUGCGCUUAGCAUAAUUAAUCUAUAAAAAAAAAAAUAUGUUAAUCAA